CUAACUACAUUGGUGCCGAAAACCUGGGAGGAAGGAGGGACACGCUGUCGGAGAGCCCUUGCUGCUGCGGAGGUCGGGCAGCACGAGGUAGCGGUGACUGCCAGUGGCUGCCCGAGGCGGUGGUGCUGGAGCGAUUGAACAACAGGUGGGACAGAGAACUCGCUGCCGUGCUCCUGGGUCGAGGAGGGGUGGCUGCCUGCCGUCCGUGAGGGGAUGGAGGAGUUGCCCCCGUUCACCGGAAGCCAGACCUGCUGCCAUCCGCCAUGAUGGAACAUGGAGCUCGCUGCCAGUCGCCAGGAGGCAGAGGAGUAUCGAGCCGUCCACCGAAGAGCGUCCAGUACGAUCGCAUGGCACCGCGAGUGAGGGCCUCUCGGCUGGUGGAGGACCAAGCGGCAGUGUGUCCGGGAACCGAACCAAUAAUUUUUUUUCUUUUCCUCUCUCCCCUCUCUGUCUCUCCUCAUCCUUCCAUCUCCUUUUCUUUUGCCUCGUCUGUCCUUACCCCCAGGUUCUGUGACCGCUGUGACUGGCUCCCCUGGGGGUGGGGUGGGGAGUAAAGUGCAGUCUCGAGGGUACCCCCCGGCCUGCGAGGGGCGAUGGGGACCAACUGGACCAACUGCCACAUUUAGAUCAACACUGCCAAACUGAAGAACCAUUUUAUAGCAGCUAUGCCGCCUCCACUUCGUCAUCGCUCAAUGCGUAUCUUUGUAAACGACGACCGCCAUGUGAUGGCCAAGCACUCUGCCGUCUAUCCCACCCAGGAGGAGCUGGAGGCGGUGCAGAAUAUGGUGUCCCACACUGAACAAGCCCUCAAGGCCGUCUCCGAUUGGCUGGAUGAGCAAGAGAAAGGAAAUGCCAAACCAAAUGUCUUGGAGGCCGAUGAAGAUGGAGAGAAAGAGACUGAGCCGAAGUCCGUGGAUCAGCCCACUCGUUCCCUGCGUGGAGUGAUGCGUGUGGGUCUGGUAGCUAAAGGUCUGCUGCUUAAGGGAGACCUUGACCUGGAGCUUGUGCUGUUAUGCAAAGACAAGCCUACCAUCACCCUGCUGAAGAAAGUGGCCGAGAACCUUGCAGUGCAGCUUCAGCUCAUCACGGAAGAAAAAUACGAUGUCAAGCCAUGUGUCUGUGAUGCCACCAUCGUCAUCAAAAACUCUAAAGAGCAACCGUUGACCCUCACCAUUAACCUGACUUCACCACUCGUGAGGGAGGAGGCUGAGAAAGAGGCAGCUGGAGAAACGCUAUCAGUCAUCGAUCCCCUGGAUGUUCUGGACAGGCAGAAAUGCCUGACUGCUCUGGCGUCCCUCCGCCACGCCAAGUGGUUCCAGGCAAGGGCUAAUGGACUGCGCUCCUGUGUGAUUGUCAUCCGUAUCCUGAGGGACCUGUCUGCUCGUGUUCCCACCUGGGCCCCGCUCCGAGGAUGGCCCUUAGAACUUUUGUGCGAGAAAGCGAUUGGCACUGGCAACCGGCCAAUGGGAGCAGGAGAAGCUCUCCGCAGAGUUCUGGAGUGUCUUGCCUCUGGUAUCCUCCUGGCAGAUGCUUCCGGCAUCUGUGACCCCUGCGAAAAGGAACCAACAGAUGCCAUUGGUCACAUGAAUCGCCAGCAACGAGAGGACAUCACUCAAAGUGCUCAGCAUGCCUUAAGGCUUUCGGCUUUUGGACAGCUGCACAAAGUACUCGGUAUGGACCCACUGCCCUCGAAAAUGCCCAGGAAACCACGGAGUGAAACCCUUAUUGACUACACGGUGCAAAUUCCACCCAGCACAACCUAUGUGCCACCAAUGAAACGCCCCAUGGAGGAGGAGGAGACCAUGGACGAAAAGAAUCCAAACAAGAAAAAGAAGAAAUUGAAUAAGAAAUCCCCAGAAGAGAAGGCAGAACCACCACAGGCAAUGAACGCCCUGAUGCGUCUCAACCAGCUGAAACCAGGGCUACAAUAUAAACUCAUCUCUCAGACUGGACCGGUCCAUGUACCGGUGUUCACCAUGGCCGUAGAUGUGGAGGGAAAGACUUUUGAAGCCUCUGGGCCAUCCAAACGCACUGCAAAACUACAUGUAGCUGUUAAAGUCUUGCAGGAUAUGGGUCUGCCCACCGGAGAGCAGCCGAAGAUAGCUGAACUAGUGAAGCAAGAUGAGAUGAUGAGCACACAAGAGGCUGUACAGCCUCCAGUGACCCAAAUGGAGCCAGAGCCCAUACCUUCAACGCCAACCAACAUGGACAACACCACUGAUGAGAGUGCUCGACAGCAGGGCCCCAUCCUCACCAAACAUGGAAAGAACCCUGUUAUGGAGCUGAAUGAAAAACGCAGAGGACUGAAGUACGAGCUCAUCUCCGAAACUGGCGGAAGCCACGACAAACGCUUCGUCAUGGAGGUGGAGAUCGAUGGACAGAAGUUUCAAGGUACAGGAUCCAAUAAGAAGGUCUCAAAAGCGUAUGCAGCUCUUGCUGCUCUAGAUAAACUGUUCCCGGAAGGCUCCAGUCCAGAACCAAACAAGAAGAAGAAAAUGGCUCCAAUGCACACCACUGGGUUUGGGAUGGUUGGUGGGUCACCUGCUGAUCCGACAGCCAAUCCCAGGGGCAGAGGAAGAGGGCGUGGCAGGGGUCGUGGCAGAGGAUUUAACAAUGGUGGAGGAUUUAAUCAAGGUGGAUAUGGAUCAUAUGGAUAUGGAAACAACAACAACUCUGGCUACAAUUUCUAUAAUAAUGGAGGGUCCAAUGGAGGUUCAGUAACCUCAGCUCCUGGAACAACAAGUCCAGCCACAAACACCUCCACUGGGGCAACAGCAGGAGCGGGUGGCUUCAGCUCGUAUUACCAGAGUGAUGGAGGCUACACUUUCCCUCCUGCUUCAGCCAAAACGGUUGGUAAAAAGCCACCCAUGCACCAGGGCGGCAAGGCUCAAGGAUCCGGAAAUCUCACUGGUCAAGGAGGAGGAGGUUCCUUCGGUCAGUACGGCCAAGGCUUUGGACAGGCCAAGAAGAACUUUGGCCAGGCUCAAGGUGGAGGAGGGACUGGGAACUUCAACUACAGCACGGCUUACCCCUCGCAGGUGACCGGAGGUCAAGAAUACAGCUAUGAAGGUUACGGCAACCAAUCAAACUACAGCUCACAGGGCGGAGCCAACCAGGGCUUUGGUGGUAACACCACCUCAUACAACAGUGGAACCGCAGGAUACGGCCGUGGAGAUCCCAAUAUGAACUACCAGUACCGAUAAACCUGCAUUUCCGUGUGUGUUCCUGCACCAUGAUUCCCAAGCAAGGAGUGUCAUAUAUCAUUCUUCAUUUGAUUAUAGGGUUCUUGAUUUAGGUUUCCGAUCACCAACGAAAAACGUGGACGUACUAAAGUGUUUCUAAACUUUGUGCUAUAUAGUGUAUUUCUAUAUUUCUUUUUAAGUUUGUUGCAUUUUUUUAAAUAUUUGUUUUUUUAUUUUCUUUAAAUCUGUAAACUCCCCGAAACUACUAUCCAAAGCAAAGCUUGAGUGAUUUUAACCAUUCAGAAAUGUAAAAACAUGAAAGUUUCAAGGUAUAAAUAGUGCGUUUUUUUUUUUUUUUUAGUUUUUUUUAUUUAACCCCACACCCCCCCCCACCCCCCGCAACUUCUAAGCUAUUAUUGACCAGCAACAUUUCAUGACUUUGUAAUUGUACGCUUUGUGUUUUCUUUCUUUUAAAUUAUAAAUGCACAUGUAACAUUGUUUUAAGCGGUUACGUGAAUGUGAAAGUUGUGACGUGUCGGUUGUUGUUGCAUUUGGCCGUUUUGGGUGGGGAGCCUUUAUUUUUCAGAAUAAUGUUUAGGAAUGUGCGGUGUUUGUAAUAAAAGGAUUUUAUUUUGGAGGAUUUCCGA